UGUGGUGGAGUUUGAAUAAGCUAACGUCGCGUAUAACUGGAGAGAGAAGAAAGCCAGGAUGAUCCGCGGCAAGGAGAAGCAGCUGCAGCGGUUUCCAGCUGCUGGGCCUCGCGCGCUGAUCCCGUCUCUGCUGUCUCUGUCCUCACCUCCUCCUCACCUGCACACAGGGACACGAAUGCAAGGUAGAGGACCUCGUGGAGGACAUUCGUUUCCAUCUGCACAGAAUGUCAGACCUGCUCAUUCACAGGGCCUCCUGGGUCCCUACCCCCUGCUGCAACAGACCAUGCCCAUGGCUCGGAGACCUGAGAUGCCACCAUGUCGUGGGAAGCAGCUGCACUUACCUUCAUUAUCUUCAGGAGGCGGCAGGUCUCUUCUCGGCUCUGCUCCUGUCGGUGUUCCACUGAGAAUGCCUCGUAUGGCUUUUAUCCCUGAACAUCACCGUGAGUCACGUGGAUCUUUUCUGAAUAAGGAAGGCUCUUUGCACAGUGUUCACAGAAAGUACCAAAAUGGCCAUGUUGCAGAAGAAAAAAGUAAUGGGCAGAUGAGCAAAUGCAGAACAGGUGUAAAGACUUUAAAAGAGGUGGAAAGUGGAAAAGUGGAAGCCUCUGUUGAAACCCAGGCCUCAUCCUCUGAGCAAACAGAGCCUCCUGAGAAAAAACAGAAGAAUAAUGGAACUACUGGGUUGGUUGAAGAGCUUGAAGAUGGUGAUACAGAGCAAAAAUUAGCUGAUCCAUCAAUGAUCCAAGAGCAGGAAGACUACAUUCAUGCUUAUGCAGAGAAAGAAUCUUCAUCUGCUGAAGCUGACAAGGAAGAGAGCAGGACAGCAGAGGCACAGGUGCUGGGUGUCGGAACAUCUCUUAAGGUCACUAUUCAGCGCAGCAGUGAGAGUCGAGCCUUCAGCACCGGGUCAGAGGAGGCAGCAGCUGCUGCAGGCCCGGGCUUGGACAAAGACAAAAGCAUGGCUGCAGAGAAAUACUGCUGCUAUAUCUGCAAUGUCACAUCUCCAAACCAGCAGGAAUUUCAGACUCACAUGAUCAGCUUUGAGCACCAGCAGAAGAUGAUGGAGAUUCAGCACCUGAGUAACACAUGUCUGGCAACACUGUUACCCAAAAUGCACCAGUCACUACAGAGCAAAUACAGAGGCCUGCAGCGCUGGUGUGCAAUCUGCCAGUGUCACUUUACUGGUGAUCUUAUCGAACACAGAAGAACCAAGAAGCACAAGUUGGCAAAGGUCUCCUCCAGGCCAUUCUGCACGGUAUGUGAGCGACACUUCAGAACUCCUCGCAAGUUUGUGGAGCACAUGAAGUCCCCAGAGCACAAACAGCAGGUAGAGGAGCUAAAAGAAGGGGGACCUGAAGUCAUGGAGGAACUCAUAACAUUAGAUGCCAUAGGUUGCUUUGAAGAUGAAGAUGACUAUGAGGAAGAAGGAAGUGAAGAUGAGGAAGGAGACCUGGUGUCUGAACAGGUUAAUGCAUGCGAGGUUGAAGAUGAUAAAGCCUAUGAUCCAGAGACACAAUACGGCACCAGUUUUGUCGUCCCAGUAGCAGGCUUCCUCUGUAAACUCUGCCAUAAGUUCUACCACUUUGAGUCCCGCGCUCGAGAAACACACUGCAAGUCUCUCACUCAUUACCAGAACUUACAGAAGUACAAGGCCAUGUUAAAUCUACCUCAAGAGGAUGAUGAGAAUCCAGUCAGUUUUAAUGUACAGAAUAUUAAGAACAGCCCAGACAAAGGACAGACUUGAGGAAGAGAAAAAAAAGUCAGAUUUCAUGACACACCCAGCUGCUGCCCAAACGAAGAAGCAACA